AUGCAGGUGCCCUGUUCAGCCUGCAGCGCCUUACACUGGAUAGAUGAGCGGAAGAGCACUACCUCUGUAACAGACCCGCGAUUUACUCUCUGCUGCCUGGACGGCGAGGUCGACCUGCCAGCCCUCACACCGCUGCCGUCGUACCUGUAUCAGCUACUCAACACGAAUACUCUAGCAGCGCGGCACUUCCGUAAGGAGCUACGGGCCUACAACGCUGCCUUUGCGUUUACCUCGGUAGACUGUACACCUACCAGCCGUGGGGCGCAGGGCCCUGGCGUGCAGGUGUUUCAGAUCCACGGGGCCCUAUACCACCGCAGCGGCCCUGUAGAGGUUCUCAAGGGAAGCCUGCCGCAGUACGCUCAGCUAUACUUUUACGACCCACAGUACGCUGCCAACGCCCGCCACCAGCGGAACAGCCACUUACAGCUCCAGAUUCUCUAAGAUCUAA